AAGAAAGAAAGAAAGAAAGAAAGAAAGAAAGAAAUCAUGGCCUUCACAUCCACCAAGAAGCACGCCUCGCUGGCCAGCCUCGCGCUGCUCACGGCCGCCGCCAGCGCGUCGGCCCUCGUCUCCCCGCGCCAGGCCUCCUCCUCCCAGGAGGACUACAUCAACUCGGUGUGCCGGCCUCCGCUCGCCGAGGACGCCGACACGAGCUCCGCGUUUGUCGUGCCCCCUUGCAUCGCCGUCGAGACCAUCGAGGGCCUGUGCCAGCCCAACGGCACCUCGCCGCUGGCCCUCGAGGCCCACGCCCAGUGCAUGUGCGGGAGCACCUUCUUCUCCCAGUGGCGCGGCUGCCAGGCGUGCCAGGUCUUCCACGGCGCCCGCUCCGAGCGCGAGGUCGCCCACUUCGAGGCCGCCCUCGUCAUCGCCAGCUCCGAGCUGUGCGGCGCCGCCGCCACGCCGACGGCCCCGUUCCCGGUCCUCUUCUCCAGCGCAGACUUUGUCGCCCCGUACCCCAGCACCGGCGCCACCACCUCGCGCGACGCCAAGCCCAGCGACCCGGCCGUCAGCCUGUACUUUACGCCCUCGGGCUCGUCGUGGGGUGCCGGCGCCAUCACGGGAAGCGCCACGGCCGCCACCGCUACGGGCGGCGGUCUCACUCUCACGCUGACGGCUAGUGACUCCGACUCCGACUCGUCCUCGUCGGCCGGGACAACCGCGUCCCGUAGUACUACUGGCGGCAGCAGCCCCAGCAGUAACCAGCAGUCGACCAUCUCCACGACUUCGGCCCCUGGCAUGGCUGCUCCCACGGCGGGCGCUGGUGUCAAGGGACUUCUCCUUGCUGUUGCUGGCGGCGCCAUGGUUGCUGCGUUGUGAUAGACAUCCUCUUCAUGUCGACGGAGUACGAGUGUCGUCUGUCGCCCAAGCUGGGAAGCUGGACACGACGAGGCGCAGAGGUGGAAUUGCAGCAUUUACACACGAAAAACAUACCUAAUGAGCAUGAAAGGAGAACGGGCCACGAGGGAGGAGAGAGUAAUGUUGUAAUGAGAAUAGGAACGUUGGGACCCCCCAAAACGACAUACCCACCACCUUUACCUAAUGCAACGGCCACAGUCUUCACCGUGGCUUCGUUCAAGCAAUAGACACAAUAAACGAGCCUUUCCAAUUAUCGCCAUGUCCCGAGCCAUACUCAUCAGGGCGUGAUCAAUUGGGAGUGCAUGCUGGCUGGCCUGCCUACAGGGGCUCGUCU